AUGGAGACUGAGACGGAAUACACAGCCAAACGCCCCAAGCUAGAAGAUCAGGAUCCUGGCUCGGGGCCUGGCUCUGACUAUGCAAACCAGAUCUCCGAUGCUUCAAAUACGGCUGCAGACACAAAAAACGAUGCGGUUCUAGCUGCGGCGAUUGGCGAUUUAAAAGCUGAAAGUGUGUCUAAUUCUCCUGUGGCUGAAGAGGGCCCGAUUCUGGGAUAUUGCGAUCCUUUGAAGAUGGCAGACGGCUACGACUUCACUAUUCUCAUCAAUGACCUAAAAGAGGAUAUCAAGAGCCGCGUCACGGAGAUUUCUUUAGAGGAAGCUUCUUCAAUUGAGGCGCAGCGAUUUGAUCACACUCACGUCUGCAUUUCCUUCAGAGACCCAGCUGAAGACCUCGUGGCCCAGCUAAGAUCCGUGUUUCUGUCGGAUUCCCAAACUCUCAAUAAUACCGGGAAAAUACACGUGCACUUUGAUUUCGGCGGGGAAAAAGACUGGAAUCAAUGGCCGCAAUCUUUCCGGACCUCGUAUCUACUGCUAUUGAGUGAACUCCAAAAGGCUUAUGGGCCGAAAGUCACCCAGUGCUCGUUCCUAAGAAAAUACAGCCCCAGGAAUGAGACACUGGGCCCCGAUGAUGAUGCAUCACGAAUAAUCAAGGAUAUUCAGGAGGAAAGUUGCCGGUGGAGCAAUCUCACGUUUCUUGACUAUUCAUGCAACACCUUGAAGCUGGUUUCUGGCAUCCGGUUUCCUGAUACGCUAGAGUCCUUGAAUAUCGCUGGCGGCCAAAGUCUCACGUCGCUCCAAGGCAUGCACCUACCCAGCCUGUUGAAACUUCUUGAUGUGUCCCAAAACAAGAUCUCAGACAUCGACUACAUAAUGUUCCCCAAGACUCUCCAAACACUCAGCCUAACUGAGAACCACAUUUAUUUCUUGGAGAAUGCCGACUUCCCGUCUGCCUUGGAGAACCUCGACAUUUCAUGCAACCGAGUCGAGAGCUUGCGAAACGUGGUUUUCCCAAGAGGCUUGAAGUCGCUUUCCAUCUCGGGGAACCCCAUUGAAUGUAUCAAGGGCGCCCGGUUUCCCGAAGGCAUAGAGUAUUUGGAUGCAUCGAAUCUCCCGAAUGAGUCCAUGACCGGCAUCAAGUUCCCUGACCUGACGAGGUUUCUCAACUUGCAGUCAUCCAUGACCAACACCCGGGGCUUGAAGUUGCCCCCGCUUGUCGAGGAAUUGAACUUGGGAUGCAACGGCGUCAACAGUAUCAAUCCCCUCAAGCUCCCAAACUCGAUCCGGGCGCUUUACUUGUGUGAAAACAACAUAAAGACUCUCAACAAGGUGGCGUUUCCGACGGCGAUCCGAGAGCUUUUCUUGGGCAACAACAUGAUAACCACGCUCAAAAACGUGCAGUUCCCUCCGGCGCUCGAGCUUUUGGACUUGGACAUGGACCCGGACACAGACGAGCACGAGAAGUACAUCACGUCGUUGAAAGACGUGUACUUCCCGGCGAACUUGCGUGUGUUGAGGUUGGGGUACCACCUAAUCAAGUCCAUCGAGGGCAUUGAGUUCCCGUACCACUUGGAAGAGUUGUCGCUCGCGUACAACGACUUGCGCGUGUUCAAAAACGUGAGGUUCGGCCCCAAGAUCCGUACGUUGGACCUCUCGGGCAACCAGGAUCUCCUCAGCUUGGACAACGUGGUUUUCCCGGAGUCGCUCCGCGAGUUGAAGGUGCCCUCGCUCGCAGUGGACAACCUCCCGCCUACAAUCGUGGAGCGUGCCAACCGCCACGAGUUGGUGAUUACCAAGUCGAUGCCAUACACUACAUAG